AUGCCUCCGGCUGCUUGCCUCCGGUGUGGGAACCGGGCAGUCAUAAAAAGACCAAAGAACCACCACAAAUUAUGCAAGGAAUGCUUCCUCUCGGUGUUCGAAGAUGAAGUACAUCACACCAUAGCCUCAUCUAAGCUUUUUUUCCCCGGCGAAAAGGUUGCAAUCGGCGCAUCGGGUGGCAAAGACUCAACCGUCUUGGCAUCAGUCUUGAAAACAUUAAAUGAGAGGCACAAUUACGGCCUUGAUUUGGUGCUAUUGAGUAUUGACGAAGGUAUCAAAGGCUACCGGGAUGAUUCACUCGAGACAGUGAAGCGGAAUGCCGUCCAAUACGAUAUGCCACUAAAAAUCGUGGGCUACGAUGAACUUUUCGGAUGGACCAUGGAUCAAGUAGUCGAGACUAUAGGGAAGAAAGGAAAUUGCACGUAUUGUGGUGUUUUUCGUCGACAGGCUCUCGACCGCGGAGCCAACUUGUUGAACAUCAAGCAUGUCGUUACAGGACACAACGCCGACGACAUCGCCGAGACCGUCCUUAUGAACUUGUUACGAGGCGACUUACCUCGCUUAUCACGGAGCACGAGUAUUGUUACUGGCAGUGCUUCCACUGGUAUUCAAAGAAGCAAACCGCUGAAAUACGCAUACGAGAAGGAAAUUGUGCUCUAUGCGCACCACAAAAGAUUGGAUUACUUCAGCACGGAAUGCAUCUACAGCCCGGAGGCAUUUCGCGGGACUGCCCGUACACUUAUCAAAAACUUGGAGAAGGUACGACCAAGUGCAAUAUUAGAUAUUGUGAGAAGCGGAGAAGACAUGGCACGGCUCACUCCAGAUAAGAGCCAAGAUGCGUGCGCAUGUGACGAAGGUGAAGGAAUGGGGGGGUGCGGAUCAGCAAAUGGGCGGACUUCCGGGGGUGAACUUGCAGAAAUGGAGGCUGCGUUAAAGCCAAAGCACAAAACGACGGAGCUUGAGACUGAGAUUAGUCCCAAUGGAACACCAACUGACGACGGAUCUGUCAAGCUCCCCCUUCGUGGUCGAAGACAGCAAAAGGGACAAAGGCAACGGCCAACUGGACCACUGCAAACUCUCGGGGCGUGCAUCAAAUGCGGAUACAUGUCCAGCCAACAGGUAUGCCAUGCCUGCACGCUUUUGGAGACUUUGAACAAGAACCGGCCAGAAGUCUCAAUAUAA